CCGUGGACCGGGCCGGCGGGCAGGGGUUGGCAUCACCCCGGGUCUGACCGGGGCGGCUCUGCCCCGGCUCUCAUUGGACUGCGGCGAGGCGUAAACUGUCAGCCCAUGUGGCGUGGCCGCUGGAGGUGGCGACUGCUUAAAUAGCGGUAGGAGCUAGAGGGAGACAGUGAGGAGAGCGCGGAGUAUCGGCCGUGCGCAGCUAGGCACCAGCCGCCGCAGCGUCCACCCGCAGCGCCCGCCCCGCAGCAUCCCGAUCCCGCACUGAGCUGACGACAGAGUCUUACCGACACGAAGCCAUCCGCACCUGUGCAGCAACAGGGAGAAGUUAAGAGAUGGAGGACGUGGUGAUUGCAGGCAUAGCAGGAAGGCUGCCAGAAUCUGAGAACUUGCAAGAGUUUUGGGAGAACUUGCUUAAUGGAGUUGAUAUGGUCACAGAGGAUGAUCGGAGGUGGAAACCAGGAAUUUAUGGACUGCCCAAGAGAAAUGGAAAGCUCAAGGACUUAAGCAAAUUUGAUGCAUCUUUUUUUGGGGUUCACCCCAAACAAGCUAAUACAAUGGAUCCUCAACUUCGCUUGCUGUUGGAAGUUUCAUAUGAGGCCAUUUUGGAUGGAGGUAUUAAUCCAGGCACCCUUCGUGGCACAGACACAGGUGUAUGGGUUGGUGCCAGUGGAUCAGAAGCUGGUGAAGCCCUUAGCCAAGAUCCAGAAGAGCUUUUGGGAUACAGUAUGACUGGCUGUCAGCGUGCUAUGCUUGCCAACAGGAUUUCCUACUUCUUUGACUUCAAAGGACCAAGCCUAACCGUUGACACAGCCUGCUCCUCUAGUCUCAUUGCUCUGGAAAAUGCUUAUAAGGCAAUUUGUCAUGGGCGGUGCAGUGCAGCCCUUGUAGGUGGGGUCAACCUCUUGCUGAAACCCAACACAUCUGUGCAGUUCAUGAAACUGGGUAUGCUUAGUCCUGAUGGUGCCUGCAAGAGUUUUGAUGUUUCAGGAAAUGGAUAUUGUCGCUCUGAAGCUGCUGUUGUUGUUCUUUUGACCAAGAGAUCUAUGGCUAAGAGGAUCUAUGCCACAAUAGUAAAUGCUGGAGUUAACACUGAUGGCUUCAAGGAGCAAGGUGUGACAUUCCCAUCUGGAAAGAUGCAGGAGCAGUUGGUUGGAUCUUUGUACAGGGAAAGUGGCAUCAAACCUGAAGAAGUGGAGUAUAUUGAAGCUCAUGGGACAGGCACCAAGGUUGGAGAUCCACAGGAAGUGAAUGGCAUUACAGGUAUCUUCUGCAAUUGUAAGCGGGAACCACUGUUGAUCGGAUCAACCAAGUCAAAUAUGGGUCAUCCAGAGCCUGCCUCAGGGCUUGCUGCGUUAGCCAAGGUCAUUCUCUCUCUGGAACAUGGACUGUGGGCUCCAAAUCUUCAUUUCAAUACCCCAAAUCCAGAUAUUCCUGCCUUACACGAUGGUUCUCUGAAGGUAGUUUGUAAACCAACACCAGUGAAAGGUGGCCUUAUUGGUAUCAACUCUUUUGGCUUUGGAGGUGCUAAUGCUCAUGUCAUUCUGAGGCCAAACAAGAACAAAUGCCAGCCUCUGGAGACUUGUAACGUGCCAAGGCUGGUUCAGAUUUCUGGCAGAACCCAGGAAGCUGUGGAAACACUAAUUCAAGAGAGCAGAAAACAUGGAGGAUGCAGCCCAUUUGUAAGCCUGCUCAGCGAUAUCUCUACAGUUCCCGUGUCCUCCAUGCCCUACAGGGGCUACACACUGGUUGGCACCGAAAGUGACAUAAAAGAGGUUCAGCAAGUUCAAGCAUCUGAUAGACCCCUCUGGUACAUAUGCUCAGGCAUGGGAACACAGUGGAAAGGCAUGGGCCUGAGCCUUAUGAAGUUGGAUCUGUUUCGCCAGUCUAUAUUGCGUUCAGAUGAGGCUUUGAAGAACACAGGCCUGAAGGUCUCAGACCUGCUGCUGCAAGCAAAUGAGAACACUUUUGAUGACACUGUUCAUGCAUUUGUUGGACUAGCUGCUAUUCAGAUUGCUCAGAUUGAUAUGUUGAAGGCUGCAGGUCUGCAACCUGAUGGGAUUUUGGGCCACUCAGUCGGAGAACUAGCUUGUGGCUAUGCAGACAACUCCUUAAGUCAUGAGGAAGCCAUUCUUGCCGCUUAUUGGCGGGGACGAUGCGUUAAAGAGGCCAAAUUGCCACCUGGAGGAAUGGCUGCUGUUGGUCUGACAUGGGAGGAAUGUAAACAACGCUGUCCUCCAAAUGUGGUACCAGCCUGUCACAAUUCUGAAGACACUGUCACUGUUUCAGGGCCUCUGGACUCUGUGAAUGAGUUUGUAGCCAAACUGAAGAAAGAUGGUGUGUUUGCAAAGGAGGUGCGCAGUGCUGGCGUCGCAUUUCACUCCUAUUACAUGGCAUCUAUUGCACCAACACUGCUCAGUGCGCUGAAAAAGGUCAUUCCACACCCUAAACCUCGCUCAGCACGAUGGAUCAGUACAUCUAUCCCUGAAUCUCAGUGGCAAGGUGAUCUGGCUAGGAAUUCCUCUGCAGAGUACCAUGUGAAUAACCUAGUGAAUCCAGUGCUGUUCCACGAAGGUCUGAAGCAUAUUCCAGAGAAUGCUGUUGUAGUAGAGAUUGCUCCACAUGCUCUUUUACAGGCUAUCUUGAGGAGAACUUUGAAACCAACUUGCACCAUUCUACCUUUGAUGAAGAAGGCACAAAAUAAUUUGGAGUUCUUCCUAACACAGAUUGGAAAGAUUCAUGUAACUGGGAUAAAUGUUCUUGGGAAUAACUUGUUCCCAUCUGUGGAAUACCCUGUCCCUGUGGGAACACCCCUUAUUUCUCCAUACAUCAAAUGGGACCACAGUCAGGACUGGGAUGUUUCAAAAGCUGAAGACUUUCCAGGAGGUUCCAAAGGCUCUGCAUCUGGUUCAGUCUACAAUAUUGAUGUGAGUCCUGAGUCUCCUGACCACUACUUGACUGGUCACUGCAUUGAUGGCAGAGUUUUGUACCCAGCAACUGGGUACCUAGUGCUGGCUUGGCGAACACUGGCACGGUCUCUUGGCAUGGCCAUGGAGGAAAUGGCUGUUAUGUUUGAAGAUGUCACAAUUCAUCAGGCAACUAUCAUUCCCAAGAAGGGAUCAGUACAGCUGGAAGUAAGACUCAUGCCAGCUUCCCACUGCUUUGAGGUGUCAGGAAAUGGGAAUCUUGCUGUGAGUGGUAAAUUUCCCUCCUAGAAAAACACUGCUCAGAAGAAUUUACAUAGCCAGACAGAUGGCUUUUGGACUCAAGUAGACAGGAGCUCAAAGCCUGGACUCUUGAAAGAAGACAUUUAUCAAGAGCUGCAUCUGCGUGGAUAUAAUUAUGGACCAACUUUCCAGGGUGUUCUAGAAUGCAACAGUGAAGCAAGUGCAGGCAAAGUUCUGUGGAAUGGGAACUGGGUAGCCUUCCUUGAUGCUCUGCUACAUAUGGUGAUCUUACCUGAGGCUGGCCGCAGUCUGCGCUUACCCACGAGGAUUCGCUCAGUCUGUAUUGAUCCAGUGCUGCAUCAAGAGCAGGUGUGCCAAUACCAAGACAAUAUAGAAGCUUUUGAAGUUGUUGUGGACCACUGCCUUAAUAGCCUUAAAGCAGGAGGAGUUCAGAUCAAUGGUCUUCAUGCUACCGUGGCACCGCGACGACAACAGGAACAGAUACCUCCCACCCUGGAAAAAUUCUGUUUUGUGCCCUACACUGAGAGUAACUGUUUGUCUUCCAGUGCCCAUCUUCAUGCCUAUCUGGAGCACUGCAAAGGUCUGAUCCGAAACUUACAGUCUAAGGUGGCAGUACAUGGGGUCAAAUUAGUUAUCCCUGGACUGGAUGCUUCAGUGGCUGCUACAGAGUCCUCAUCCACACAGAAGGGCCUUCAGCAUAUCCUUGCUGAGAUCUGCCGUCUGGAACUGAAUGGAAACCUCCAUUCCGAGCUGCAGCAAGUUGUGAUUCGAGAGAAAAUGCACUUCCAAAAUGACCCCCUUCUCAGUGGAUUGCUGGAUUCUGCAGAGUUGAGGACUUGCCUGGAUGUGGCAUUGGAGAACAUGAUCAGUCAUAGGAUGAAGAUAGUAGAGGCUAAUGCAGGCAGUGGACAACUGUUCUCUCGUGUGAAAAGUAUUCUGAAUGCUCAGCCCCUGUUGCAGGUGGACUACAUUGCCACUGACUGCGUCCUGGAAAACCUUUCAAUGAUUGAAACAGAGCUACAAGAUGCUGGCAUUGUCUCUAGCCAGUGGGAUCCAUCUAGCCUUCCCUCUGGAAAUCUGACCGAUGCUGACCUGGUUGUAUACAACUGUUCAACAAGUAUUUUAGUGAAUACCACUGAAAUACUCUCUAAUUUGGCAGCUGCUGUGAAAGAAGGAGGGUUUGUUUUGCUACACACUCUUCUUAAGGGAGAAACUCUUGGAGAAAUUGUCAGUUUCCUUACAAGCCCAGAUCUGCAGCAGAAACACAGCUUCCUAAGUGAGGCACAGUGGGAGGACAUUUUCAGCAAAGCUUCACUGAAUCUUGUUGCCAUGAAGAAGUCAUUCUUUGGCUCAGUUAUUUUUCUGUGCCGUCGGCAAGCUCCUGUUAAAACACCCAUUUUUCUGCCAGUAGAUGAGACAAACUAUAAGUGGGUUGAAUCCUUAAAGGAGGUCUUGGCUGACCCUUCAGAGAAACCUGUGUGGUUGACUGCCACCAGUUGUGCGAACUCCGGAAUUUUGGGAAUGGUGAAUUGCCUUCGCCUUGAAGCAGAAGGCCACCGAAUCAGGUGUGUGUUCAUUUCCAACUUGAACCCUUCAUCUGCUGUCCCACCCACAAGUCUUUCUUCCCUGGAGAUGCAGAAGAUUGUUCAGAAGGACUUGGUGAUGAAUGUGUAUCGUGAUGGAAAAUGGGGCUCCUUCAGGCAUCUCCCAUUGCAGCAAGCACAACCUCAGGAACUGACAGAAUAUGCCUAUGUAAAUGUGCUAACUCGUGGAGAUCUUUCAUCUCUUCGCUGGAUUGUCUCCCCGCUUCGACACUUCCGCACAACUGAUCCCAAUGUUUUACUCUGCAAAGUCUAUUACGCAUCUCUCAACUUCCGGGACAUUAUGCUGGCCACGGGGAAGCUUUCUCCAGAUGCUAUCCCUGGUAAUUGGGCUUUGCAGCAAUGCAUGCUGGGCAUGGAGUUCUCAGGACGGGACCUGGCUGGAAGAAGAGUGAUGGGACUGCUGCCAGCAAAAGGGCUGGCCACAGUAGUAGACUGUGAAAAGAAGUUUCUGUGGGAGGUGCCUGAAAACUGGACUCUAGAAGAAGCAGCUUCAGUGCCUGGUUUAUGCCACUGCUUAUUAUGCUUUGGUGGUUCGAGGUGGUAUGAAGAAGGUGAGAGUAUCCUUAUUCACUCUGGCUCAGGAGGUGUGGGCCAAGCAGCCAUUGCCAUUGCCCUGAGCAUGGGCUGCCGUGUCUUUGCUACUGUAGGUUCCACCGAGAAACGUAAGUAUCUCCAAGCAAUUCCACAGCUAGAUGCUAAUAGCUUUUCCAGCUCCAGAGAUACCACCUUUGAGCAACAUAUACUUCGUACCAAUGGAAAAGGUGUCAACCUCGUGUUAAAUUCCUUGGCAGAGGAGAAGCUUCAAGCCAGUUUGCGUUGUCUUGCUCGACAUGGACGCUUCUUGGAAAUAGGCAAAUUUGAUCUGUCUAACAACAGUAAUCUUGGAAUGUCUCUCUUCCUCAAGAAUGUGGCAUUUCAUGGGAUCCUACUAGAUUCAAUAUUUGAUGAGGGAAACCAAGAGUGGGAAGCAGUAUCAGAGUUGUUGAAGAAAGGCAUAAGAGAUGGAGUAGUAAAGCCCCUGAAGAGUACAGUCUUCGACAAAGAAGAGGUAGAAGCUGCCUUCAGAUUCAUGGCACAAGGAAAACAUAUCGGCAAAGUUAUGAUCAAGGUCCAAGAAGAGGAAAAGGAGUAUCCUUUAAGAAAGUCUGAACCAGUUAAAAUCUCUGCAAUCUCCCGAACCUCCUGUCCACCUACCAAGUCUUACAUCAUCACAGGGGGCCUAGGAGGAUUUGGGCUGGAAUUGGCACAGUGGCUAGUUGAGAGAGGAGCGCAGAAAAUUAUACUGACAUCUCGUUCUGGCAUACGAACUGGCUACCAGGCUAAACGUGUUGAAGAGUGGAAGGCACUGGGAAUCAAAGUGCUGGUAUCUACCAGUGAUAUUGGAACACUAGAAGGAACACAGCUAUUGAUAGAAGAAGCUUUGCAGCUUGGACCAGUUGGAGGCAUCUUUAAUUUGGCUGUGGUCCUUAGAGAUGGCAUGAUUGAAAAUCAGACCCCAGAAUUAUUCUUGGAGGUCAACAAGCCAAAGUAUUCAGGGACCCUUCAUUUGGAUCGGGUGACUCGUAAGAAGUGUCCAGACUUGGACUAUUUCGUUGUGUUCUCCUCUGUAAGCUGUGGAAGAGGAAAUGCUGGGCAAAGUAAUUACGGCUUUGCCAAUUCUACCAUGGAGCGUAUCUGUGAGCAGCGACAUCAUGAUGGACUCCCAGGCCUGGCAAUCCAGUGGGGAGCCAUUGGUGAUGUGGGUAUCUUGAUGAAGACAAUGGGAAACAAAGAUAUUGGUGGGGGAACGAUUCCCCAACAAAUGAGUUCAUGCCUGGAGGUGCUUGAUGUCUUCCUGAAUCAGCCUCAUCCUGUCAUGUCCAGUUUUGUCCUAGCAGAGAAGGUCUCAGUGAAAGCUGAAGGAGGUAGUCAGCGGGAUCUUGUAGAAGCUGUUGCUCACAUCCUGGGGGUCCGUGAUGUGAGUAGUCUGAAUGCUGAGAUCCUUGCUGACUUGGGCUUGGAUUCCUUGAUGGGUGUGGAGGUGCGCCAGACACUGGAAAGAGACUAUGACAUCGUUAUGACCAUGAGAGAAAUCCGACUCCUUACGAUCAACAAACUGCGGGAACUUUCUUCCAAGUCCAGGACAGCAGAGGAGCUGAAGUCAUCCCCACUGAUGAAGACAGGCCCAGGUGAACCUCCAAAACUAGAUUUGAACAACUUACUGGUGAACCCAGAAGGGCCAACAAUCACUCGUCUCAAUGAUGUUCAGAGCAUGGCGCCUCUUUUCCUUGUUCACCCCAUUGAAGGAUCCAUUGCAGUUUUCCACACUCUGGCCUCCAGACUUCACAUGCCCUGCUAUGGGCUCCAGUGCACAAAAGCCGCUCCUUUGGACAGCAUCCAAAGCCUGGCAGCCUAUUACAUUGAUUGCAUGAAGCAGAUACAGCCUGAAGGACCUUACCGCAUUGCUGGAUACUCUUUUGGUGCCUGUGUAGCCUUUGAAAUGUGUUCCCAGCUGCAAGCACAACAAAAUGCUUCCCAUGCACUCAACAGUUUAUUCCUUUUUGAUGGGUCUCAUUCCUUUGUGGCAGCAUAUACCCAGGUAAGGGGCACAAAGAGAAUCUUCUUUUUGGGGACCAUCCUCUCUCAUCAGGGCUCAUUUUUCUCAAAGCUUAGUAUUCUAGAUAUGACCAAUCUGAUGAAAAGCUGACAGAAUUUUAUUCAUUUUGGAAUGAAUAUUUUGAAGAUUGGAGGAUUUUGGAAGACA